UUGUCAUUAUUUAUAAACAUUGACCGCGUACUAGAAGCAAAAAGUACAAGCAUAUUCCUAUUUUUAAACCGUACAGUGCAAAGAACUGGAGAUGUCCUCUUCGCCGGGGGAUCACCGCCAUCCGUUUGAGUCACCAGAGAACAAAGAUAGUGCCCCGUUGUAUCACAGUACCGAUGGUUUUAUCCCGCUUGGUUUCAGUACACCGCAACACCGUAACACCGCACAGAAUGACAAUCUAGGUAGAAACUAUUAUUCUACCCAGCCAAAGUAUAUGUUACCGCGACAAAGAGGCCCCCGGAACCGUGGUAAUUUUCAGCAACAGCCGCCUGGUGGUGCAGGUCCACCGGAAAAAUCAUCUCCCGGAGGUGAAGAUGGUUGUAGUUUUGCUCACCACCCAGAGCAGCACAGGAACUUCAAGCAGCGCAACUGGAAAGGACAAGAUUAUCAACGCAACCGACACCCCCAACAGCAGAGACGAAAUAGGUCUGGUUUUGGUCAUCAAGCCAGGGACAACUACCGUAAUGAUAUUAAAGACUACUUUCAUCCUUCGAUGCUGGAAGAUCCAUGGGCACAUUUAGAACAAAAACCUCAGCCGGAUAAGGCGAGUUGCGACUCGAGUGAUGGUGGAGAAGGAGAAGCAGCUAGCAGCGACGUAGGCGAAGAGUGAGAGAAUUUCUAAUCGAUAAGUACCUGCCGUAUGAUUUCUCAAUCAAAAAAUAUCAUAAAUAUAUUCCUUUUUAAAAUAUUUCUAAUUUUAGAACAAA